CCUCUUGGACGGAAUUUCUCGACGGAUCUAUCUUGAUUUCUCACCGCCGUCCGGCUAUUGGUCCGUUCGUCCGCGGACCUCUGCCGCCGCCGCCACCACCUGGUCCACCUGCCUGUUUGGGAGGAGGAAUCGGCGCCAGGCCGCGCGCCCAUGGCCGUCGCCGUGUGCGUCACCGGCGCCGGCGGCUUCAUCGGGUCGUGGAUCGUCAAGCUCCUCCUCGACCGCGGGUACGCCGUCCGGGGCACCUCCCGCCGCGCAGAUGACCCCAAGAACGCGCACCUCUGGGCGCUCGACGGUGCGGCGGAGCGCCUCACGAUGCUGCAGGUGGACCUGCUCGACCGGGCCAGCCUCCGCGCCGCCUUCGACGGCUGCGACGGCGUCAUCCACACCGCCUCGCCGAUGCAUGACAACCCCGAGGAGAUCAUCGAGCCAAUUAUCGCCGGGACGCGGAACGUCGUCGAUGCCGCGGCCGACGCCAGCGUGCGGCGCCUGGUGAUCUCCUCCACCAUCGGCACCAUGUACAUGAACCCGCGCCGCGACCCCGACGCGCCCCUGGACGAGUGGACCUGGAGCGACCUCGAGUACUGCAAGAAAACCGCGAACUGGUACUGCUACGCGAAGACGAUCGCGGAGCAGAGCGCGUGGCGGGCGGCGCGGGCGCGGGGGCUGGACCUGGCGGUGGUGAUCCCGGUGGUGGUGCUCGGCGAGCUGAUGCAGCCCAGCAUGAACACCAGCACCCUGCACAUACUCAAGUACCUCACCGGCCAGGCCAAGGAGUACGUCAACGAGUCGCACGCGUACGUGCACGUCAAGGACGCCGCCGAGGCGCACGUCCGGGUGCUCGAGGCCCCCGGCGCCGGCGGGCAUCGCUACGUCUGCGCCGAGCGGACUCUGCACCGCGGCGAGCUGUGCCGCAUCCUCGCUGAACUCUUCCCGGAGUACCCUAUUCCGACGAGGUGCAAGGAUGAGGUGAAUCCACCAAAGAAGGGCUACAAGUUCACAAACCAGCCUCUGAAGGACCUAGGCAUCAGGUUCAGACCUGUGCAUGAGUACCUCUAUGAAGCAGUGAAAUCCCUGAAAGAAAAGGGUUUUCUCCCCAAGGCUUCUGUCACAGAGGUGACUGAAAGUAGCAGUUCCCCGCCUCAAAAGUUGCCACUGACGGCGUUGAUUUCAAAACUUUGAUAGAUUUGUACACGAAGUGACCGUGUAAUACGCCGAUUUUCAUAAUAAGUGUAGUGGUUCAUUUGAUUGGUUAAAUUUUUGGUGGCCUGCUCUUAUAAGGCCCAUGCAACUUAAUUUUGUACGUUAUUUAUACCAUUCUCUGCCCAUGCGUCAAA